CCUGCUUCGACUGGUAGUUAGGAGGGUAGGGGCCAUAGAUCGAGCCGUGGCGUGCCGCGUGAGCGAUGAGCCGACGGAAGCAGGUACGAACCUGGGGGCCAGUUGCCGUCCUGGCUUGCUUGACCUCGGUCUUCUAUGAUGAGCCCAGUAGCGAACCACUCCCGGGCUUCUCUGCCUUAGAUGCCGAGCGUCCCACCCGUCCCCCGCGAAUGUCGGCCCCCCCGGGGGCGGCUCCCGGGGCCGCCGGGGCCGGGGCCCGGGCCCGGCUCGCGGCGACAGAGCGGCCCAUGGAAGAGGCAUAUGUGACCUUGGAUCAUGUCCUUCUGCCGCGCCUGUUUUUCCACGAGCUGUCCGACAUCUUCGAUGGCCACUGGUCGCAGGACUCGGUGCUGCCGAAAUCCCUGGAGCAUUCGGGCGCGAAGCAUUUGAAUCUGUGGACUGAAGAGGGACUGAAGCAACUGACCUUUGGCAUGGACAUGAAGAUCCCUUGGCAUCACGUCGAGACCGUCGAGUCCUGGAGCGGAGGACGCGGAGCCGGAGAGGCGAGUUCCAGAUUCGCGGUGAGUUCCAGUGAGAUGAUGAUCAACUGUACCGUGAGAUCCCUCCGAAGUACAAACCACUCUAGAUUACUGGAGAUGUCCUUCGAAAUGGAGGGCCCGGUGUUGCAACGCUUACGUCCCAAACUGCUGUUGCAGAUGGAACCGCAUCGCGAUGGCUUGGAGGUGUGGGUUGGAGGUCUGCUGGAGUGGAAGG